AUGUCGGGGAACCCGCCACCGUCGUCGAACGGCGCCCCGGACACGUACGGGCGGCAGCAGUACAGCUUCAGCGGGCGCAUCCUGCUGACCACCGCCGUCAUCCUCUUCGCGCUCACCGUCGUCUUCGUCGUCCUCCGCAUCCUGGUGCACGCCCUGCAGUGGCGGGCGGGCGGAGGCCGUGCCCGCCGCGGCGGCGGCCUCGCCGCCGGCAUCCUGCGGUCCAUCAGCGGGAUCGGCAGCAGCCGGCGCGGGCUGGACGCGUCCGCGCUCUCCGCGCUGCCGGUGACAUCGUACCGGAAGGAGACUGUCGCCGCCGGCACCGGUGCCGGGGGAGCUGACUGUGCGGUGUGCCUGUCGGAGCUCGCGGACGGAGACAAGGUGCGGGAGCUGCCCAACUGCGGGCACGCGUUCCACGUGGAGUGCGUCGACGCGUGGCUGCGCGCCAAAUCCACGUGUCCUCUCUGCCGGGCCGACGUGGAGCUGCAACGAGGGAAUGGGAAGGCGGAGGCACAGUCAUCAUCGUCGUCGUCGUCGUCGGCGACGGGGGCCACGGAGCCGCUGCCGCAACCGGCGUUGUUCGGCGCAGGAGGAACCUUGAUCGUGACCAUACACGGCGGUUCGGAUAGCCGGCGAGACGUGCGCGGGUCAACGUCGGGGUAAGGUAGUCUAAUCGGGACCUUCCAAUUCCUCUGUUAGCAAGUCAACAUCCUAGUUAGCCCUGCCUGCAGGGGAACUCAAAACAAGCCUGUAGCGUGACACAUGCAUAUACUGUAGGUUAGACAGACUAGAAAUGUAGUAAGACU